AAUGUAGGCUUCACAGAAGCUAACAGUCAUUUGGUAUAACGUUUUUCGGAAUUUCACAAUGCGCGUCAGCUUCAUAUUGUUGGCCUUAGGCCUGAGUGUCGUAGCAGCAAGUCAAAGGGAUAAUCAAAGAAUAGUAGGUGGUACUGAGACCACUAUUACACAGUAUCCGUUUGGAGCUGCGCUGCUGAUUACUUACGAUGGUUCGACCUUUUGGCAGAACUGUGGUGGAACUAUCUUGAAUAAUAGAGCAAUCCUCUCGGCUGCUCAUUGUUUCCUAAAUCAUGUCCCCAACACUUGGCGCAUCCGUGUCGGGUCCACUUUCGCCAACAGUGGCGGCGUCGUUCACGGUAUUAACACAAUAAUCAUGCAUCCCAACUACAAUCCCCAAAUUGAGGACAAUGAUAUUUGUAUUCUGCGUGCUUCUUCUGCUUUUGCUUUCAACAACAAUGUGCGCGCUGCAAGUAUUGCCGGUUCAAACUACAACCUUGCUGACAAUCAAGUUGUUUGGGCAAUCGGAUGGGGUGCAACAGCUCUUAACGAGCCAAGCACUGAGGUACUUCGUCACGUCCAAAUCUGGACAAUCAACCAAACCAUUUGCAGACAACGAUAUGCAACAAGAGGACUGUCAAUCACGGACAACAUGUUGUGCUCCGGAUGGCUUGAUGUCGGCGGUCGCGACCAGUGCCAACGCGACUCUGGAGGUCCCCUCAUCCACAACAACGUUGUCGUCGGUGUAUGCUCGUGGGGUCUUGGAUGUGGCCAUCCCAAUUACCCUGGCGUAAAUGCUCGUGUCUCACGCUACACUUCUUGGAUUCAAGCAAACGCCUAGAAAUAUUGCAUCAUAUUCCCCAAUAAUCAUUUUGUAUGUCUACGGUUGGACAUAAAUUAUAAUGGUUAUCAAUAAAUUAUCACAAUACUUCGUAAUACUUUUCUUCGCAAUGUGUUUACCUAAAAGACGGUUAUAAUAUAUGUUAUUGUAUGAACAAAUUAAA